AUGGACUUCUUCAAGUCCUCCAGCAAAGAGUUGAUGUCGGACAGCGAUCAGCCGUUCCUCAGGUCGAGUACCCGAUCCUUGAACCUCGACGAGGUGCUCCGGUCAGAGUUCAGAGCAGCCUAUGUGGCGGAGCAGGAGGUGAACCGUCAACCAAGCGGCAUGACGGAGCUCUCCCAAGUGGAAGUCUUUAGUUCGGAAGGCAAUGAUGAAUGUCUAUAUUGUUCGCAGUUCGUGGACAGCUACAGUUUUAUGACCGUCUUCUUGGUGUUAACGGCCUGUGUUUCGACAUCCUUUUCGCCCAGGAUUUGGACACCAUCUUUGGCACCGUUCAGUCCCGAUUCGUGUUGA